AUGGUAUCCGUCUGGGCCUUUGUGGCUAUCGCCUCUCCGGGCAUCGUGCGUGCUCUUGCUCUGAAUGACAUAUGUACGGCGUCAUGCGCACAAGAUGCACUUCCAGCUGAAGGGUUUUACCCAGGCAUCACCAUCGACAGGUCUUCGGUGCAGGCUUCCUUGACAUACAAUGCCACGUUUGUCUCGGAAUGGUAUCCCACCAGUACUAUCGAGUACUGCAAUGUGACAUUUGCGUACUCUCACAACGGAAUCACCAACGAUGUCGUCCACGUGACAUACUGGAUACCUGCACCUGAAAACUUUCAGAAUCGUUACGUGUCGACGGGAGGCGGGGGCCUGGCCAUCAACUCGGGGACGCAAUACAUUCCUACGGGGAUCAUUGUUGGAGCGGUAUCCGGCAUUACCGAUGGUGGUUUUGGGUCGUUUGAUACCCCCUGGGAUGAUGCUUUCCUGCUCGCCAAUGAUACAAUCAACUGGCAAUCGACCUACAUGUUCGGCUACCAGGCGCACCACGAGCUGGCAACUCUUGGAAAGCAGUUCACCCGGAAUAUCUUCAACGUCUCGUCCUCCAGCAAGCUGUACAGCUACUAUCAAGGCUGCUCUGAGGGGGGCCGAGAAGGAUGGAGCCAGAUACAGCGCUUUGCUGGCCAGUUCGACGGUGCUGUAACAGGCGCACCUGCCUUCCGAUUCAGCCAGCAGCAGGUUAACCACCUCACUAGCAGCGUGAUAGAGCAGACUCUAGGAUGCUAUCCACCAAACUGUGAGCUGGAGAAAAUUGCCAACCUGACAAUCGCCGCCUGCGACGUCUUGGACGGGAGAACAGACGGGGUCGUCUCCCGCUCUGACCUUUGCAAAUUGACCUUUGACGUGAAUACGACCUUGGGAGAACCUUACUCUUGUGGCCCGUCCGAGGGAUCUCCAUCAUAUGGUAUACCCCCCGCCCCUGCCCAGAACGGGACUGUCACUGCCGAGGGGGUGGCGGUAGCAAGUACCAUUCUCGCUGGCCUUCAUGACUCCGAGGGCCGGCUAGUGUAUGUAAGCUACCAGCCCGGCGCAACAUUCGCAGAUGGCGCCACUGCGUACGACAAUGAGACGGAUACCUGGGGUCUCAAUAUCAUCAGCUAUGGCGGCGAAUUUGUCGCAAAGUACCUGCAGUUGCAAAAUGCCAGCAACCUCGCAAGCCUUGAUAACUACACUUACGACACUCUGAAGGAACUGAUGAUCCUCGGCAUGAACAGAUACUACGACUCUGUACAGACAACGUAUCCCGACCUCGGUGACUUUCAGAGCGCUGGGAGCAAAGUCCUCCACUUGCAUGGCGAACAGGACAAUUCGAUACCCACUGGCGCAUCUGUACACUACUACGAGUCAGUGAGAUCUGUUUUGUACGGGCAUCUCAGCUACAACGAAAGCACUGCGGCGCUGGACGAGUUCUAUCGACUAUUCCUCGUUCCUGGCGGUGGCCACUGCAGUUCCAACGAUUUCCAGCCCAAUGGCGGCUGGCCCCAGACGACGCUGCAGGCUAUGAUCGACUGGGUAGAGAAGGACGCCGCGCCGGACACCCUAGAUAAUACCGGAGAGAUCGAUACCAUCUGUAAAUGGCCCCUGAGACCAUUCUGGGCUGAAGAUGGAGUCUUGCAAUGCGUGUAUGACCAAGCGUCUAUUGAUACUUGGAUGUAUGAUUUCGACGCAUACAAGCUGCCUUUGUACUAG